ACCACCAGCCGGUGCGCGCGGACAGACAGACGGACGGACGGAGGGAGGAUGUUGAAAGCCCGGGCCCGCGCGGCUCCGUUGGGCCGAGCUCGCGGCCUCGCCUACUUGGGGAUGCUGUGGCAGGAGAAGCGCUGGCUCCUGUUCCGGCCGCAGUACACGCUGCCGGUGGCCGCCUGCCUCUGGCUGGCCGAGAUCUGGGUCAACCUGUGGGUCAUCCGGAAAGUGCCCUACACAGAAAUUGAUUGGAGAGCCUAUAUGGAUGAAGUGGAAGGUGUGAUUAAUGGAACAUAUGACUACACGCAGUUGAAAGGUGACACUGGACCUCUUGUAUAUCCUGCUGGGUUUGUUUAUAUCUUUGCGGUGCUGUAUUACAUCACAGAUCGUGGAGUAAACAUCCACCUUGGACAGUAUAUUUUUGCCAUCUUCUACCUCAUUACCCUGCUGCUGGUCUUCAGGAUUUAUAAUCAUACAAAAAAGGUUCCACCAUUUGUAUUUUUCUUCAUGUGCUGUGCCUCCUAUCGGAUCCACUCCAUCUUCAUCCUUCGACUUUUUAACGACCCUGUUGCCAUGAUGAUCCUCUAUGUAGCUGUGAACCUCUUUUUGAGCAAUCACUGGUCACUAGGCUGCUGUUUCUUUAGUUUAGCUGUUUCGGUAAAGAUGAACAUUUUGCUCUUCGCUCCAGGACUGCUAUUUCUUCUCAUCUCUGAGUUUGGAAUGUUAAAGGCCAUCCCAAAGCUUGGCAUCUGUGCUGUGUUGCAGGUAAUUUUGGGUUUGCCUUUCCUGAUGAAGAAUCCAGUUGGGUAUGUGGCAAGAGCGUUUGACCUUGGCCGCCAGUUUCUAUUUAAGUGGACUGUGAAUUGGCGAUUCCUGCCCGAAGAGAUAUUCCUGAAUCGUUAUUUCCACCUUACACUGUUGGUGGCACACUUGAGCAUCUUGAUUCUCUUUGCUGUCUACAGAUGGAACAAGUCUGAAGAACAAAUAUUUUCACUUCUGAAGUCCCCAGAAGCGAGAAAAACCCAGCACCAAGCUGUGACAGCGGAUCAAAUUAUAUUUGUUCUCUUUACCUCAAAUUUCAUUGGAAUAUGUUUCAGUCGAUCACUACACUAUCAAUUCUAUGUGUGGUACUUCCAUACUCUGCCAUACCUCUUAUGGAGCACACAUGUGAAAAAACUUGCUCAUCUUCUCAAAGUACUUAUUCUGGGAUUAAUUGAGCUUUCCUGGAACACCUAUCCAUCAACUGUGUACAGCUCAGUUUCACUCCAUGUCUGCCACCUGAUUAUUUUGCUAUCACUUUGGUUUGGUCAUGCUGACCUUGAGAAGAGUGCACCAACUGAUGACUCUGAUGUGGCAAAAAAGAAAAACUGAUUCUUUUGGACUUGAAAAUUACUAAAGGCAACAGUGAUUUCAGAAUUUAAUAUAGCUAGGGGAAAAAUUAAGGACAUGAAACUCUCAUAUGACCAGAUGGUAUGUUACAAAUUUAAGACCAUAAGUUCGUUAUUGAUGCCAAAAUAAUUUGAGAGAGUUGGAAGCUUGCAGCUUUGGUUUUCUUUGGAUGUCAUUUUGCACUGGUGAGCUGCAUCCUUUCUCUUUCCUCACCAUCCAUCAGGUUUUGGUUUACCAUUUUUGCUGAGAAGUAGGCCAACUUAUUGUCCUUUGAGAAUGAACAUGGAAUAAAACACCGAUAUGUAUGGAAUCUAUCAAUGCUAGUCAAUAGUAGUAGCUUUUGACUAGUCAACACCAUGUAACUUCCUCAUAUUAUUAUUUGUCUUUAACUUUUACUUCCUCAGCAAAAUCUUUCUAGGCUAAACAGGAAGUUCUUACAUGAUUUCACUUAUAAAAUAAGUGUCUUUAAUUUUAAGAGUUUAGUUUUUAAAGAUCAAAGUCUUUAAUUAUAUAGUAGCUUCAUUCUUGAUGUGUAACUUUUAAAAACAUUUUUAUAUAUGUUUAUAAAAUGCUUUUGAAUCAGUCUUUAAUUAAAUUGUGGGUAUAAAUGGGAGAGUAUCAAACAUUCAGUUAUAUCAGUAUGGGGGUUGUAACUGCAUAAAGAGAGCCACAAGCUGAGUUUGUAAAUGUUUCGUUAUCUGCAUUAGAUUUCUAUAUGCUGAUUCUCUUGAGUUAAAGGGCAAGUGUUGUUUCCAUGUUUCUGCUAUGUGAUUUGGGAGUCCUAAAGUGAGCUACAACCUGGGCAAAUUGCAUAAUUUUUUCAAGGUAUUGAGAAUAGGUCAAGUGUGUUAGUGUUCAUUUUUUUUCAAGCAUACAUUGUGAGAAUAGCACUGUAUAACUGGCAAAGAUUUCUUUCAGAAAUAACGUAUGGCUUCCAUAUGAUGAGGCUUGUCUUUACAUAGUAGGUACUCAAAUUUUGCUGAAUAGUCAUUAAGUUUAUAAGCUAGGGGAAAUAAUUUUAUGAAGAAACCUUCAAUAAUAAUUUCAGAGGAGACUUACUGGUUUGUCUCGUGAGGAAAGAUUGGACAGGCUGGCUUAUAUUAACUGAAGUCUCAAAGUGAAGAAUGACUCGAUUGAAGUUUAUUGAAUUCUGAAUCUCCUUAAUAAAGCGAACCUGGAAAUUAAAACAAAGAACUGUAGAUGCUGUCGAUCUGAAGCAAAAAAAGAAAUUGCUGGAGGAACACAGCAAGGCUAACAGGAAGAAAGCAGAGUUAAUGUUUCGAGUCCAGUGACUCUUCAUCAGAAAAUCUGAUGAAUUUCUGUUUUUGUUGUGAAUCUGGAAAUAAUGUUUCACCUUGUGGAUGAGUCAAUGAGAGGACAUUGUUUUAAAAAUAGAAAUCAUCCAUUUAGGACAGAUAUGACUGGAUCCUUUUACUGAUUACUUGAUUUUGGAACUCUGAAGGCAGAGUUAUUAAGUAUUUUUACUGUGGAGGCAAAUAGAUUCUUGUUAGAUAUUGGAAUCAAAGCUUAUUUGAGUAGACAGGAAUGUGGAAUUCGUAAACAAAUGGAUCAGCCAUGAUCAUUUUGAAUGGUGUAGCAGGCUUGACCUAAUUGUAUAUAUUUUUGUAUGAACAAGCCUCCAGUGCUUUCUGGGGAAGAUAAUUCCACGCAUUAACAAUGUGGUGGGAGAAAAAGAUUAUCCUCAUCUCCAUCACUCAAGGAAGAUCUUCUUUUCUUAAACUUGGGCAGGAUUUUAUCUUUUGUGACAAAGCAAAGCUUAUUGUUGUUGACUGUGAAGUGAGGCUUACUGGAAUCUAGCAGUCUCUCUUGUGAGCAUUUCAUCUCCCAUCUCUGUGCAGUGUUACUGAAACUUCUUCCAGAAAUUCCCCGUGUAAAAUUGGAAUUAUGUCAUCAAACUUUUCAACCACCAAUCAUAUCGAAGGAUAUUAGUAGACAUAAACAGGAAAUAAAAAGCAUUAAAAUAAAAUAACCUGUAAAUAAUUUUGCACAGAGCAGAUUUAAGAUAAAACAUACAAAUAUUUUGAGAAAAUUCUAAAAUAUUUAAAAUAUUUAGUUUAAACAUCUGCUAAUUAAUCAUUUAACAACACUACGUAAUAUUUUAGAGCUAAUUCUUUGUUCACCAAAUGUUAUUAUUCACCCAAGAACACCUAAUUGAACAAAGAGAACCUUUUUUAAGAUGUUACAGACUGUAUUAUGAAUGCAGAAAGUCAAAAUGGUCACUAAUUUCAAUGAUUGCUGGUUCUAGGGAUGUGACCACAGCACAACCUAUGGUGGAGCAUUGAAAGACUGCAACUUCAGCAUUUCUGUGCAUGUCAUAGUUUUAAAGGGGUAAUCAAUGCAGAAGGAGAGAAUUCAGCUUCGGCUUGUAAAAUGAACUCUGUUACUUUGUGCUAACCUUUUUUUUCCCCCAUAUCCUUGUAUGUUUAUUUUUAUCCUCCUCAUCCAAUGCCUUUUUGAAUGUUACAAUUGAGCAAUGUAAUGCAGCAAACAUUCUUCCUCUGUCGCUCGACCCAAUUCCUGGAACUCUGGGUCUGUUUCCAUGCUGUACAUCUUUGACUCUACGACUGUAACUCCUUUCCUAAUGCUAUCGAGGCUGUCCCUCUGUCCCCAAGACUGCAUCAGUUCAAGAAGGCAGCUCAGGGCCACCUUCAUAAAGGUAGUUAGUGACAGGCAGAAAAUUAGCAAUACCCACAUCCCAUAAAAAGCUGACAAUUUAGCAUUAAUACUGUGCCCAGCCAAUAAUUUAGUGUCAAAAAGAAAUAUUCAACAUCUUCCAUAACUGUAAAAGAUGUUAAUCAUUUAGAGCAACUCUCACAACAUGAAAUGUCUUCAUUUACAUUACUUAAAUUCACCUGUGUUCUGGAGUGGACAGAACUUUCAAUGCACUCUUAAUAAACCUAUUCUUAAAAUUGAUACCAAUUUUAAAGAGAAAAACAAAUGUCUUCAUUUCCUUCUAAAUUUUGGUACAUUUCUGACAGUGCACCAAACCACCAAAUGAAAUGUAAUUAUCUUUGGACAAGUGUAUUGUGUUUUGUAAGCAUCACUGUAUCAAUCAAUCGGUAUCAUUGAUCUACCAUUUUCAUUUACUUUUUUCUUGAGCUUUGAAACAUCUCCACUUGAGUCUUAAUUAUUCAGUCAAUGAAGUGUUUGUCAAAAUCUGAUCAUGCAAGCAGGGAUUUUUAUUUCUUAUUAUCUGAAAAGAAUGUCUAAUUUACUCAUUCUACGUCGGCAAAAAUUAGAAUCUUAAAUUUUCAAAAGAAUUUGUUUUCUGUUGCUUGUCUCUUUACUGCACCAAAGCUGAAAGCAAGAAAAUAAACUUUUAGGAAAUAGCUACUUAACUGAUUCUUGGUGACACUUCUGAUUUAAUUUUAAAUGUGAACUGUGCCGUUGGAUGCUUUGGCUUUCAAAUGAAACUUUAAGCUGAGACCCUAUCCAAUCCAUCAGGUGUGUAUAAAAUAUUCCACGGCAUUAUUUGGAGAGAAGUGGAGUUCUUCCUGAUGCCCAGGUCAACAUUUAUCUGUAGCUAUCAUUACUAAAACACACACAUUAUUUGGCCAUGAUCACCUUGUUUGCCCUAUGAAAGUUAUCUGUCAUGUUUCCCACAUUUUCACAGUGACUCCUUCAAAAGUGGCUGUAAAGCACUUUUAGGUUUUCUUGAAGUAAGGAAAAGCACAAUGUAAAUGCAAUAUUUUUAUUUUCAAAUUUAAUGCUGGAAAGAUUUAUCCCAAGGAGUUGUAUCAAUACUUUCCAACAGCAUUUCAUACAGCCCAUUAACCUCAACACACAAGACAUUUUUAUUUUGAAUUAAAAGUAAAUUAAAUGAUAGUGUGCCAUGUAAUUGUCAAAACUUGAGCAAUAUGUAUUGAUGCUUAGCACACAAAAUGGCCUGUUACAAGUAUAUUCUGUCAUUAACCUUGUAACAUGUUACAAGGUUUAUGUAGGAAAUCUCUUUCUUUUGGGCGACAUUUGUAGGAUCCUCUGAAUAAGGGACGGUUUCAAAGUGAGACACACUGGGAACUUAAUGUGACCAUGUUAAAAGAAUUUAGAAACAUAAAUCAAUAUCAAAAAUAAAAAUUCAAUGAAGGACAGUAUUUGAUUAAUGUCAUGUCAAGUAUGGGACCAUUCAGCACAGAAGGAAGCCAUUUGGCCCUCAUGCGUUUACGAGCUUUUUGGAGAAGCUACAAUUAGUAGCACAGCAAACUUGUUUCCAUAGUGUAGUGCAUUUUUAAACAGCAAUCCAUGCCUUUUGUUUUAAUUCUGAUAGGGUGAAUGCAGCAAAAUCAAUCAAUCGGGCAGUGCAUCCCAGAUUAUCAUAAUUCACUGGGACUUCUUAUCUCCAUACUGAGAUUUUUGCUAAUUAUUUUAAAUAUAUUAUUAUCUAAUCCUGUGCCAGUAGAAACAAUUUCUCUCCAUCUAAUAUUAUCAAAACCCUUCAUAAUUUUAAGCACAACUAUUAAAUAUCUCAUUAUCCUUUCCUACUUUAUGGAAAAUAAUCCCAGUUUCUGCAGUCUUUCCAUGUAACUGACAUCCAUCACACGAUGUUAUUGUGUUAAAUUUUCUCUGUAUCAAAAACCUGGCCUUUCUAAAGUGUGAUGCCCAAAGUUGGUCACAAUACUCUAGGUAUGAGCUAAUCAAUUUUUUUCAAUGUUUAGUGCAUCUUUCUUUAUUCUGUACUUCUAUUUAAUAAGCUCAGAACCUAUCCACUUUUUAAAAAUGAAAUUUUCAAAGAUUUAUAUAUGUUUGCCUCCAGGUCUCUCUGAUCCUGUGCCCCUUUUAAAGUGGUUCCAUUUUACUUAUGUGCUCAUCAAAUUUCUCAUCCAAAAUAUAUCACCCCACACUCCAUACAAUUCAUUUCAUUUGCAAUACAUCUACCCAUUUCACAAUGUGCAUAGGUCUUCUUGUAGUUUGCUGCUCUGCUCUUCGUAUAUGACUAUAUUCCUCUGUAAUGUAAUGUUUAAAAUUAUGUAUUGUGUCCCCAAGUCUAAACAUUAACAUACAAAUGGCACCAAAAUUGGUGGCAUUGUGGACUGUAAAGAAUGUUUUCUAAGAUUAUGAAGGGAUCUUGAUGAAAUGGGUCAAUGGGCUGAAAAAUUGCCUGAUGGUGUUCAGUCUGCAUAAAUGUGAGGUAUUGCAUUUUGGUACAACAAACAAGGGUAGGGCUUGUACAAUCACUGGUAAGGACUUCGUUAGUAUUGUAGAACAGAGGGACCUAGGAGUGAUAGUACAUAAUUGUUUGAAGUUUGCAUCACCUAUAGAUGGGGUGGUUAAAAAGGGGUUUGGCACGCUUGCCUUCAUUGCUCAGUCCUUUGAGUAUAGGAGUUGGGGUGUUAUGUUGAGGCUAUACAGGGCAUUCAUGAGGCCUCUUCUGGAACAUUAUGUCCAGUUCUGGCUGCCCAGUUAUACGAAAGAUAUUAUUAGACUGGAGUGGGUUCAGAAGAGAUUUACCAGGAUGUUGCCAAGUAUGGAAGACUUGAGUUAUAAGGAGAGACUGAAUAGACUUGCACUUUUUCCACUGGAGCGUAGGAGUUUGAGAGGUGACCUGAUAGAAGUUUAUAUAAAAAAAAGAGAGAGAGGUAUUGAUAGAGUUAGUGGUAGUUGUCUUUUCCCUUGGAUGGGUGGUUUCAAGACGAGGGACAUAUUUUUUAAGGUAAGAUGAGAGAGAUUUAAAAAAGACAUGGGCAAAUGUUUUACAUAGUGAUUCACAUGUGGAAUGAACUUCCAGGGGAAGUGGUGGAUGUGGGUACAAUAUUUGUUUGAAAGACAUUUUGAUAAGUACAUGAAUAGGAAAGGUUUGGAGUGAUAUAGGCCAAGAGAAGGCAGGUGGGACUAGUUUAUGUUUAACAUGGACUGGUGGACCGAAGGGUCUGUUUCUAUGCUGUAUGACCAUAUCUCUAGGUGUACAGGUGUGCAAGCUAUCUCUCACUCGUCUUGGAUUUGUUUGUACAUUCCUACCAUGUUCAUAAAUAAAUACUGAAAUACAA